AUGAAGAGGCGCUCGUCGGGUUCGACCGACGACAGCGACGAUCCUCCCAUCACCAAGCCUCGGUCUCCUGCCACGAGUAAAGUCACCUCAGAUACUGCUCGCACCCGCAAUUCUGCCGCACACCCCAAACACCCGCCAGCUGCAUCAAGACCGGCCUCUGCGAGGAGCAGACGGUCGCCCUACACCAAUUGGAAGUUUGAACAUGGACCGAAUGGAUCGCUCGAGAACCAUUCCAUAACUGUGUCGUCGCCGUCGACGUCGCCAUCGCCAUCUCCAUCGUCAUCGUCAUCGCCAUCGCCAUCGACGCUGUCUCAAGCACCAUCCCUAGCCGUGCUGUCACCCGCAUACCCAAAUAACCUUCAACAACCUCCGGACCACCAACACCACCAACACCAUCGCCACCACCCCGAAGGCGGUGCCCCUCACGUCGAAAUCCGCGACGAGUCCGACGACGACACCGAAACAGACAAUCACCCCGGCGCAAAAGCCUCCACGGCUUCCGAAAGAAUGGCCGAAUUGCGCUUUGCUGGCCGUCGCUCUCGGUUUCGCGGCCCAUGGUCCAUCACCAUUCUGGCCCUCGCCGUCACUGUGCUUGGCAUCACGCUGCUGUGCGCCAUUCUCAACUCCUCUUGGACUCGUCAACUUGACGCCAAGGGAUGUCGCAUGUCUUACAUGCGGCCCUCGUACAUCCGCUUACGCGAUUUCGACACGGAGCACACCCGCUUCGCAACCAAAUACUCGUUAUAUCUUUAUCGCGAACAGGGCGUUGACGAUGAACGAAAGGCAUGUGUUCCUGUCCUUUUCAUCCCAGGCAAUGCGGGCAGUUACAAGCAGGUUAGACCGAUAGCAGCUGAAGCUGCUAACUAUUACCACGAAUCUCUGCAACACGAUGAAGCCGCUGCCGCAGCUGGCGCUCGAAACCUCGACUUCUUCACCGUCGAUUUCAACGAAGACAUCACCGCCUUUCACGGACAGACCAUGUUGGAUCAGGCCGAGUACUUGAACGAGGCCAUCCGAUACAUACUGUCUCUGUACAUGGACCCGCGCAUGUCCGCCCGCGAUCCUGACUUACCAGACCCCACGUCCGUUCUGAUCUUGGGUCAUUCCAUGGGUGGUAUUGUAGCCCGGACAAUGCUCAUCAUGCCGAAUUACCAAUCCCAUUCCAUCAACACUAUCAUCACCAUGUCCGCACCACAUUCCCGGCCCCCAGUUACCUUUGACGGUCAGAUUGUAAAGAUAUACGAAGACAUCAAUGAUUACUGGCGUCGAGCCUACUCGCAGAAAUGGGCCAACAAUAAUCCUCUGUGGCACGUCACCCUUGUUUCGAUAGCUGGCGGUGGCUUAGACACGGUAGUUCCGUCCGACUACGCUAGUGUCGAGUCCAUAAUCCCCGAGACGCAUGGCUUCACCGUGUUCACCACAGGAAUUCCUGGGGUCUGGACCAGCAUGGAUCAUCAGGCUAUCCUCUGGUGCGAUCAGUUUAGGAAAGUUGUUGCUCGAGCUCUGUACGACAUAGCCGAUGUCCACAGAUCGUCACAGACGAAGCCGAGGGCUGAGAGAAUGAGGGUGUUCAAAAAAUGGUUUCUUACUGGGAUGGAGUCCAUUGCCGAGAAGAACUUGCCCUCCGAGGGGCCAACAACGCUCCUGACUCUUGAAGACAACGCCAACGCCAUUAUGGGUCAAGGGGAGCGCUUGAUUUUGCGAGAAUUGGGUCUCGAAUCCAAACCCAGAGCUUACUUGCUUCCAGUACCACCCCAAGGAUCACCGGAAGGCAAGCGGUUCACCCUUUUGUCAGAUGUCAGUUUGGACAAGUCAGGAGAGCAUGGAAAGCUCGAAGUUCUGUUUUGCAGCGUUUUCCCCCUACAGCCUGGUCAGGCUACGACCAUGUUCUCUGUGAACAUGGAUCUCUCGGGAGACAGCACUGGGUCCACUCGACUGGCCUGCAAGAACACAGCAUCCGAUGCUAUGCUUCUGCCCGCUUCGACAAAAUCUCUACACCACCCGUUCGCAUUGGAUAAUGAGCCUGCGACUCGGCCCUUCUCGUACCUCGAAUUCGAUACCGAAGACAUCGCCGAUCACCAAUUCGUGGCCAUAAUCGAUAAAGCCGUCAAACCCUCGCACAACUUUGUUGUUGCUGACUUCAGCGAUCAUGCACAAUCACACAGAACUCGCAACAUCAGUCUGCGACGUCUCCUAGCGUUCGGAAUGACGCUCAGACUGCCAGCUGACCGUCCCAUGGUCGCGGAAAUCAACAUCCCUACUCUUCAAUCGAGCUUGCUUGCUUAUAAUCUGGAGAUGAGCAACCAAGUUUGCAACGGAGCCCCCGAGAUGUUCUCUCCUCUCAUCCGACAACAUCUGGCUCAACCGUACGAAUCAAAAUACUUCGUCAACGCCAGACACGCGAGCAUCAGCAUGCACGGCGUAGCACCGUUUGUUCCUCCACCAUUGCGUCAAAAAAGGCACGAUGAGCAGGGCCUAAGCUUUCAAUUCUGGACAGAUCCCACGUGCGAAUCCAGUAUCCAAGUCAAGUUGACGGUAGAUGCGUUGGGAAGUUUGGGAAAACUGUACAUGCGCUACCGAACCGUCUUUGCCGCCUUCCCUUUGCUCGUGGUCACCCUAGUGCUACGAAAGCAAUUCAGGGUUUACGAUACCACAGGCACCUUCAUAUCAUUUUCAGAGAGUCUCGACCUCUGCCUACGUCAAUCCCUGCCUCUGAUGUUAGUUUCAUUGACGUUUCUCUCUUUGUCGAUGACGGGAUCCUGGCCGGCAGGGCCCGGUGGUUUCUGGCAUUGGCGCAACACGACGUCGCCAGCGGGUGACUUCCACGGCAAUGAUCUUCUCACGGGCACGCAAGACCCAUUCUUCUGGUUUCUCGUGCCUCUCAUCGGGGUUGUCUGCGUUGGCGUUUGUGCCAUUCUUCAUUUUGUAACUUUGGCUUUGACGCAGCUGCUCGGAUUCGUCUACUCAUCGGUCGUUGUCCGCUCCUUCGGUCAAGCUAGAGAUGAGCGACGACGAGCACACUCGCCGAUGUUUGCCUCUUCUUCGCCUCGGCGGCGGAUGAUUACCACCGCCAUCCUUCUAUUCAUGGUGUCGACCUUCAUCCCGUACCAGUUCGCGUACUUGGUGGCAUGCCUGGUUCAGCUCUUCACCGUGGUUCGUGCUCUCAGGAUAGCGUCGGAGCUCAAGUCGGGGCCGAAUUACGACUUUUAUCACUACGCCCAUUCAAUCCUGCUCCUUAUGCUUUGGGUACUUCCCAUCAAUCUCCCCAUUCUGGCAGUUUGGAUUCGCAAUCUAGCGGUACAUUGGCUGACGCCUUUUUCUUCCCACCAUAACGUCCUGUCCAUCAUGCCAUUCAUUCUGCUGGUGGAGAACCUGACAACAGGUAAGAUGGUUCCGAGAGUCGCCGGUAAGCUGAGGCAUCUUACCAGCGUCCUUUUGUUUGGGACCGCAACUUACGCGGCCAUAUACGGCGUUUCGUACGCCUACAUGCUGCAUUAUCUCGUCAAUCUCGUGGCCGCAUGGUUGGUCGUGAUUCACUCAACCUCGGACAACUGGCCCCUCGCGGGCUUUAGUUCAAUAUUCGAAAAUGGUCUGAACGAGGACCGCAAGGGUGGCAAAGCACCUUGA